GGCGUCGUGGGGUCAGCAGCGAGCGGAGCUACCGUUAACCAGGGUGUAAAGUACAGCUAAAAGAGCGCCUCUGAUGAAGUUAGCCUUUUAACCACUGCACAGACAAGGAGCUACUUAGUUGGAUGAGCCGCCGUUUUGUCGUCUUGUGGUCGAAAAGCUUCAGCUGGUCCCUUUGACAGCCGUCAGGCCUCGUCGUCGUCGUGGUCCGGCAGCACUCGAGUGAAGUUGGGAGCGGACUGCCAAACUUCUGCUUCCUCCAGCGGCUCUCCGCGGGGCCCGGGGCUCCUGUCACCGGCCCUGUGGAUGAGGAAGUGACUACACAUCUAAUUAGCGCCCAGGAGAAAGGAAUCCCUUUGAUGGGAGAAUCCUCUUUCCUGGCCUCCUGGGUCAAUCGCCGUGCCAUUAAGAUGGAUGAGCAGGAGGCGCUGAACUCCAUCAUGCAGGACUUGGCCGAACUGCACCGCUCCAGCCGUCCUGCCGCGUUCCUGUCAGACCUGUGCAAACCCAAAGCCUCGUCGCCCAAGAACCAGAACGAUGUGAGGGUGAAGUUUGAGUUCAAAGGGGAGAAGAGGAUUCUGCAGUUCCCUCGACCUAUCAAGCUGGAGGAUCUGAGGUCCAAAGCUAAAGUGGCUUUUGGUCAGACGAUGGGCCUCCACUACACAAACAACGAGUUGGUGAUUCCAUUGACCACUCAGGACGACCUGGACAAAGCUGUAGAGCUGCUGGAUCGCAGUGUUCACAUGAAGAGUCUGAAGAUUCUCCUUGUGCUGCAGGUCUCCUCUGAGAACUCGUCAUCCAACAUGGACCUUCUGCCGUCCCACGAGGAACUGGACAACACGGGGUUCCGGGUCACAGACAAGAAGAGCAUGCUGGCGUUGAUAGGUUCCCACUCAACGGACCGCAGCUCUCCUCCUCCAGGAUACAUUCCCGACGCUCUGCAGCAGGUGGCGAGGAACGGCUCCUUCACCAGCAUCAACAGCGAGGGGGAGUUCAUCCCUGAGAGCAUGGACCAGAUGUUGGAUCCAUUGUCCAUGAGCAGUCCGGAGAACUCGGCUUCUGGAAGUUGUCCCUCCCUAGACAGCCCACUGGACAGUGAUUACCCAAAGUCCAGGAUGCCCAGGGCUCAGAGCUACCCAGAUAACCAUCAGGACUUUCCAGAGUACGAUAUUCCGGUGUUUGAGAAGUCAGGGAAAGGAGGGACGUAUCCUCGCCGGUACGGCAUUCCUUUUGGCCUUCAGGAUUACAGUGAUGGGAGGAAGACUUUCCCUCGGGCUCGGCGGACGCAAGUUCACGGUUUCCGCUCUCCAAUCAGCUUCAGCUCAACCGAGCAGUCGCCCAGCACCAGCAGUGGCAGCAGCGUCUUCACGCCUGACCUGGAGGAGGUCCCCGGCCCCGCCAGGAGGCCGCGGAGGGGGAGUGACAUCGAGCCAAACCCCAAUCCAGCCGUGGCUCCGACGCUCUCCGUCAUGGACGUCAGUCCACCCAGCCGCUCCCCGCGAGCGCCGACCAACUGGCGGCUGGGGAAGCUUCUAGGUCAGGGAGCUUUCGGGCGGGUCUUCCUGUGUUAUGAUGCCGAUACUGGACGGGAACUGGCAGUUAAACAAGUUCAGUUUGAUCCAGAGAGUCCCGAGACGAGUAAGGAGGUGAGCGCACUGGAAUGUGAAAUCCAGCUCCUGAAGAACUUGUGCCAUGAGCGGAUCGUCCAAUAUUAUGGCUGUCUGCGAGACACGAUGGAGCGAACGCUCUCCAUCUUUAUGGAGUACAUGCCUGGAGGAUCCAUUAAAGACCAGCUGAAGUCGUACGGGGCGCUCACGGAAAAUGUGACGCGCCGCUACACCAGGCAGAUCCUGGAGGGGGUUUCUUAUCUGCAUAGCAACAUGAUCGUCCACAGGGACAUCAAAGGUGCAAACAUCCUCAGAGACUCUGUGGGUAACGUGAAGCUGGGAGACUUCGGGGCCAGCAGGCGGCUGCAGACCAUCUGUCUGUCAGGAACAGGCAUGAAGUCGGUGACCGGUACCCCGUACUGGAUGAGCCCAGAGGUGAUCAGCGGAGAGGGUUACGGCAGGAAGGCAGACAUCUGGAGUGUUGGCUGCACCGUUGUGGAGAUGCUGACUCAGCGACCUCCGUGGGCAGAGUUCGAGGCCAUGGCGGCCAUCUUUAAGAUCGCCACGCAGCCCACUAACCCCGUCCUGCCCGCCCACGUGUCGGACCACUGCCGGGAGUUCCUCAAACGGAUCUUCGUGGAGACCAAGCAGCGGCCGUCUGCAGAAGAGCUGCUCAGGCACAUCUUUGUACAUUAACCCCUCCCGCCCCCUCCUUGAAUCUUGAACCCCUGCCUGCCUGCCGAACUGCCAAAUACGGCCUUAUCUGAUCCCGCCCCCUCCACCUUUACGCUGAGACCAUGUUGGACCAGUAAAGACUGGCUGGGAGAAGGUGGGGGCGCU